AUGGAUGAUCCCCACAACUCGUCACCGCAAACGUCUGAAAUAAAGAACAUUCUUCCGGAUGUCGUGCAUUCUCAACAGAUAGCUACUGUAGGAAAUAUUACACAUGAACUAGACUCAACUUUACCAGGCAGCGGAAACACUGAAGAACACUGCGGUUCACAUGAUGACGAUGAUAGUAAGACUGAAUCUAUAUCGGAACAUAUUCCCUCCAAAAUUGAGUAUUCUACAGACUCAGACAAUGCUACAAAUACGCAGGGCUUUCCUAAGUUUGAGCAAGAGCAGGAGAAAGUAUUUAAAAACAGUUCGCUGACCAUUCCUCGUCCAGAUUCUCCUGCCAGUGGUAACAGCACACAUGAUGAAAGCAGAGGCAGCCUGUCCUUGCCUUUAGAUGUUAAUGCUGUUUCCGAUAUACAAUUAUUAAGUGAAGAGAGCCCAGUCAAUUUAGCAAUAUUGUCAGACUUAUCAAAAGAGCUUGAACAAUCACAUUUAUCUGUUGGGAACAUUAAUCUUAAUGAGAGUGAUGUAGAAGAGCUGUCUCCUAAAAGUAAUAAUUACCAGGAAUCAUUAAAUGAAGAAUCUAGCAAAUCGUUAAAUGAGCUACAUAAUCCCAGUGAUUUUUCAGAGAAAUCAAACUCUCCAGAUAAACCUAGUUCUGGAUCUGAAGAAAUUAUAAAGCUGGAUAUAAGAGGUCAAGCUGCUCCAAAGUUUCCGUUUGCUGCAGCUAAAAUAAUCUUCGGACCGCCUCCAGAAGGUGCCACUAUUAUUGAGCCAAAUGUUGAACAAAUACCAGUCUUCCCAAAUUUGUUAUCACCGUUUCUUGUUGGUGCUGGAGAUAGUGUGCAAGUAGAAGAAGUGUUUGAUGACCAGGAGCAGAGGAAAGAACCAACUCCAGAAUCCUUGCAAAUGUCACCAGAUAAGCUGAGUGAAUCAAGUGAAAAGUUAUUACAGUUAUUAUCUGACGAACAAAGUUAUUCAAAUGAGAAAGUUGAAGCUGACUUGUUGGUAGAAGAAAUGACCAUUGACGAUGAAUUAAAGGUGGCAGACGGAGAGAGAGCUGAUAAUGAAUCAUUGCCAAAGUCUAUGCCUGCAGAAGAGACUAUGUCUUUUAGUACAUUAACUACAGAUUAUAAAACAAUUUGUGAAGAAUAUCACGGAAAGCUUGUGCAUUUGGAAGCUGCUAUAACACAGCGUGAUGAAUUAAUCGAAGAACUGACUAUCUCAUUACAGCGUUCUGUCCGUGAACGAGAUGAGCUCAGUUACGAGAACAAACAUCUUACAAAUGAAAUGUGUAACUUACAACACAUGGUUGCAGAACAUUCACAUUCCGAUAAUGACACCAUAAAAGGCCACCUAUCUGACUUUGUAAAGUAUCAAAGCAUGAUCAAGGAUGACAGUACAAAGUUCUACUCCGCUAUCAUGAGUGGGGGUUCCUCAUUACAAAGUUCAAACGGAGAGAAAGACAUGGACAGAGAAGAGAUCAUUAUCAAUCAUUCCAAAUCUGACUUACGUUCUUCCAAUGUUUCCGAUGAGUUUCAAACUGGCUUUGAAAAUAAACUGUCCACGAUUAUAAAUAAGUUUGAAAGUUAUCUUGAAGAUAAUGUGCGGAAUAAGCUUAGAGAAAGUUUGAUUCAAGUUUUAUGCGAUGAAAUAGGGAAGAUGAGGAUUGAUAGUGCCACUGAAAUAAAAGAGUUAGAGAGUCAAAUGCAACAGGACAAACAGGUUUAUUCUGUAGAGACAAGGCAAUUAAGGGAGCUGUUGGCGUCUGUGAAAGCGGGCAAUGCUGAUAUAGAUCUCUUAAGGCAGGAGCUUGCCGUGAAACAUGAGAAAGAGAUGGAGAAUUUAAGGACUUACUUUGAAAAAAAAUGUUCCGAUAUGGAAAGAAGUUACUCCGAGGAAGUGUGGCGCGGCAAGUGCGCUUCCCCGGGCGGCUCGGCCUCGUCUUUAGAUGCGGAGGCGUGCGCUGCGGGGGCCGGGGACGCCAGGAGGCGCACGAGGAGUGCUGACUUCCCCUCACUCACACUCGAGUCCUCACAGCUGGAGCAAGCUGUGAAGCAAGCCAGCAAGAAGUACGAGCUACAGUUAGAUGAACAAAAGGCGGAACACAUGGCUUAUGUCAACGAGUUGAAAGCUGCACAUAGAGAUGCUAUUGCAGCACUUGAGGAGCAGGUAACCCAACUCAAAGCGCACAUCCACACUUCAGAGAACACCGAAUCGAAUGUCUCCCUCUAUCAACAGGACAUAGACUUGGAGUUAGAAAAGAAGAUGGAGGCUCAGCUCGAACAGAGACUGGAAGAAGUAAGGGAUGAGGUCAGACAGGAGGUCGUCAAUCACCUUCAGGAACAGUUGCAGGUAUGUGGGGAAUACAUGUAA